CACAGUUCCUGCUAACAACUGCCACAGACUGAGACAGACUAAACAUACAGAGCCUUUGCUGCUGCAUGUAAGGCCUGGCUGCAGGGCUUCCCUUGUGCAUCCAUGCGGAGAGGACCCCCCCCAGGGGAACUGACGCCAGCUGAGACUGAAAAACAAGGGUACAAGAUCUAGGUUGCAUCAUGGUGGAGGAGCAGCUGGAGACAGAUGGCCCCAGAUCCUCCAUGCCAGCAGAGCUCCCCCAUCCCCAGUCUCAGUACUCUCAGUGGAAGUUUAAACUGUUUAGGGUGAGGUCCAUGGAGAAGGCUCCAUUGCCCACUGAGUCACAGCCUGAGGGAGAAGUCUUGCUAAGGAUCUCACCUACUGCAGCUCCAGAAAUAGAGUUAGAUAAUGCCGUGGGGCCAGGGAGUGUUAUGAAAUUGUGCCUUGGCGGAAAAAGCAAGGAGAAUGUGGAAGGCCCAGGUGGAAGGAUCGAUAGGAAGCUAGAGGAAAUGGACACACACAUGAACCACCUCAGGUGUCUGUGUCGUCUUUGUGGAAUGACUUUGAGGAAAGUGAAGGGGCCUGUGCAUGAAGUACACAGGGAUCUGGAUGAGGGCACGAAAGGUGUCUUGCGUAAAAUGGGCUGCAAAUUCACAGGCUGGCCAGAGGUCAUCCUCAAAGUCUUCAAAGUGGACGUGACAGAGGACACAGAAUCAGUCCACCCUAUUUCCUUCUGCCAUCGCUGCUGGAUGGCUGCCAUACGAGGUGGGGGUGUCUGCAGUUUCUCCAGAACAAGAGUUCCUGAGUGGAAACCCCACUCUUCCCUCUGCCACCUUUGCUUCCCCAAGAAACAUUCAUUCCAGCGAACUGGAAGGAAGAGGAGGAAGAGCAUUCCUAGAGUCCAGAGCCUGGCAAAAAGAAGCAGGUGGGAGCACAUCAACAGCAUUCAUGUUGGAGAGCGGAGAUUUUUGAGACCAUUUGGAGAUCAUGAACACGGUCCUGCACUCAGAGGCUGGGAGAAACCCAGCAUCCAGAGAGAGCAAUGGGUAAGGAACAUCACCCAAUGCCAAAAAGACCAUCUGAGUACGAAGCUGAUCUCUGAGAAGCUCCCUGUGGACUUCCUGUACUCUUUCACCUGCCUGGUGUGUGACCACCUGCUCUCUGAUCCAGUUCAGUCCCCCUGUGGGCACCUCUUCUGCCGCAGCUGCAUUUUAAAAUAUAACCAUGCUCUGGGACCCCACUGCCCAGUGUGCAACUUGCCCUGUGCCCCCAAAGAUCUCACCCCACCCGCAAAAGCCUUUUUAUCAGCGCUGUAUUCUCUGCCUCUGCUUUGCCCCAGAGGUGAGUGUGGUGAGCAUGUGAGGCUGGAGUCAUUUAAAACCCACUAUCUGGAUCAUGAGCAGAGACAAACGGACACAAACAAGCAGUCAUCACAGCUUGAUAACUACCUGCUUGCCAAUAAAGGGGGCAGACCCCGUCAGCACUUGCUGUCACUGACCCGUCGCGCCCAGAAACAUCGACUGAGGGAUGUGAAGAACCACGUGAGGGUGUUUGCAGACAAAGAGGAAGGUGGCGACCUGAAGUCUGUGUGCCUGACCCUCUUCCUGCUUGCUCUAAGAUCUGGAAAUGAACACCGGCAGGCAGAUGAGCUUGAGGCCCUGAUGCAAGGCAGAGGUUUCGGGCUACAUCCUGCAGUGUGCUUGGCCAUUCGAGUGAACACUUUCCUGAGCUGCAGCCAGUAUCACAAGCUGUACCGGACCGUCAAAGCUAUCAGCGGCCGCCAGAUUUUUCAGCCCCUUUAUACCCUCCGAGCUGCAGAGAAGGAGCUUCUCCCUGGCUUUCACCAGUUUGAAUGGCAGCCAGCUCUGAAAAAUGUGUCUCCAUCUUGCAAUGUUGGCAUUAUUAAUGGGUUGUCAGGAUGGGCUUCCUCAGUAGAUGACUACCCAGCCGAUACCAUCUCUCGGAGGUUUCGCUAUGAUGUGGCACUGGUGUCAGCAUUAAAGGAUCUGGAGGAGGACAUCAUGGAGGGGCUGAGAGAGAGUGGGAUGGAAGACAGUGCUUGCACCUCAGGCUUUCGUGUCAUGAUCAAAGAAUGUUGUGAUGGUAUGGGCGAUGUCAGCGAGAAGCACGGUGGAGGACCGGCUGUUCCUGAGAAGACUGUACGUUUCUCUUUCACUAUAAUGUCUGUCUCAGUGCGACCUGAUGAUGAGGAGAAGGAGGUAACAAUCUUCACUGAGCCAAAGCCAAACUCAGAACUGUGUUGUAAGCCCCUAUGCUUGAUUUUUGUAGAUGAGUCAGACCAUGAGACACUAACAGCUCUCCUGGGGCCCAUAGUUGCGGAGCGUAAUGCAAUGAAAGAGAGCAGGCUCAUCCUAUCCAUGGGCGGCAUGUCUCACUUUUUCAGCUUCCACUUCAGAGGCACAGGAUAUGAUGAGAAGAUGGUACGAGAAAUGGAAGGACUGGAGGCAUCGGGAUCCACAUAUGUCUGCACUUUGUGUGACUCAAGUCGGGCAGAAGCAUGUCAAAACAUGGUGCUGCACUCCAUCACGCGUUCUCAUGAAGAGAACCUAGACCGUUAUGAAAUAUGGAGAACCAACCCUUUCUCUGAGUCUAUAGAUGAGCUGCGAGACAGAGUCAAAGGGGUCACAGCCAAACCCUUCAUGGAGACCCAGCCCACACUUGAUGCGUUGCACUGUGAUAUUGGCAACGCCACUGAGUUCUACAAAAUCUUCCAGGAUGAGAUAGGGGAGAUGCACCAAAAGGUCAACCCCAGCCGGGAGGAACGCCGCAGCUGGAGAGCAGCCCUGGAUAAACAACUGAGGAAGAAGAUGAAGCUCAAACCAAUAAUGAGGAUGAAUGGAAACUAUGCCCGCAGGCUAAUGACCAUGGAGGCUGUGGAGGUGGUGUGUGAGCUGGUGCCAUCAGAGGAGAGGAGGGAGGCCCUCAGAGAGCUUAUGAGAAUCUACAUCGAGAUGAAGCCUGUGUGGCGCACAACCUGCCCGGCAAAGGAAUGCCCCGACCAGCUGUGCAGCUACAGCUUCAACUCCCAACGCUUUGCCGACCUCCUCUCCUCUGUCUUCAAAUACAGGUACAAUGGAAAGAUAACCAAUUACCUUCACAAGACCCUGGCACAUGUGCCUGAAAUCGUUGAGAGAGAUGGAUCCAUCGGCGCCUGGGCCAGUGAGGGGAAUGAGUCAGCAAACAAGCUGUUCAGGCGUUUUAGGAAAAUGAAUGCACGUCAGUCUAAGACCUUUGAGCUGGAGGAUGUGCUGAAACAUCAUUGGCUCUACACCUCCAAGUACUUGCAGAAGUUUAUGGAGGCUCACAAAGAUUCUGCCAGAGCUAUGCAAGCUACCAUCAACCCAGUAGAGAUGCAGGGAGUUGAGGAAAUGUCUCUGGAAGUGACUGACUUGUGAUUUUCUCUUUUGAUGCAAAUCUGUAGUGUUUACUUAAAAGUGACCUUAUGAUACUUGAAUCAACUGUUAAUUGCCUCCAUUAUAUUGAUGUGUGUAUCACUCUUUUCUUUCUUUCUUUCUUUCUUUAUCCAUCAAUGGAUAUUUAGAAUACUUGUGAUCUUAACACAUUGAUAUUUUUGUCACAAGACAAUCACAUCAGUCACAUUUCAAAUUACAAUUUUCUUCCAUUUGAAUGAAGACAUUUUAUACAAAAUAAUAACAUACUUACCAAAUAUGUUGACCAGUGUAAUGUCUUUGUUUUGAAAAGUGUUGUAGAUGAAUUUCUUUGCCUUUGGUUUGGUAUGGUACAAAAUUUCUUUUUUUUUUGUUCUGGGCAGGAAAGUUCCUUCCUGUAUCUUCAGCAUCUGUGAAAUGUGGUUCACUUUAUUGUAUUUCAAGGAUAUGAUGCAUUAUGAAUUUAUAUAGAAAGGAUUUUUAUGGAAACAGAUGAAAGUGCUGUAAGUCAUGGAAGGAAAUUGUGUUAAAAAGGCCACAUUUGUGGCCACUGUAUUAAUAUAUCAUUUGAGCUGGAGCACAAUGCAAUCACUGGGACCCAAAUGUUCUUCGCUUCACGAUUGCCCUCCGAAAAAGAUUACUUUAGUGUUUUAUUGUGGGAUCCCUGAGGGGUGGAAUAGAUGCCAGGUCACUUUGAACCAGUUUUUAUCUGUUUUAGGUUUUGCACAGUGGAGGAUAGAUGAUGCUUAUACGGAUUCUUCACAUAAAAUAAAGCACAUACUGACCUUUAUGUUGAUAUCAUAAAAUACUGUAUGGUCCCUUACUGAGCAUAACACUCCAUAGACUGUAGCAGGCAGGGAUUUUUUUUUACCUGCAUUUGUUUCUGUUGGCAGUGAAGAGAGAUGGGCUGGAGCUGGAGAAACCAGAUUUAAACGGAUUUGUUGGCAACUUUAUUUGUUUGAUUGAUUGAUUAUAUUGUCUUUUGCUGCCCACACCAUUUUAAACGGUGACAGGCAAUUUUGUUUUCAUAUUUGAUUGAGUAUUUGAUUUUAUUUUCCUGUCCUGGGUUUAACCAUGUGACAGUUGUGAAAUAUUCACAUUUCACUGGACAGUUGUCAGACUCGUACAAUAGCGUCUUGUUUUGAUUGAAUUAUAUUGCAACUUGUCUCAGGGUUUUUUUCUUUCUGUAAAUGAAUUGCAUUUCUAAAGUAGUGGGUGAUGGAUGAUUCAGAAAAUUCUACUUCUUUAUUUUUUUUAUCAUGGGAUGUAUUUCCUCGUGUUGUUUUUUCCAUAUCACACUAAAUAUCAGGUACUGUUUACUGGGGUUGCAAAACAAUUUCACCAGUGGUUUGUUUGGUGCAGUGACACUGAUUUUCCACUACAUUUUCACAUGUCGUGUGGUUUUAAAAGCUGUAAACUGUAUCACAGUACCAUACAGUCUUUAAUGAACUACAAUUAUGUUUUUUAAUGUACUCUGUUUCCACUGAAGAAUAAAAUAAAUACAG